AAUGAUAGCACAGCACGUGGAGAAGUAAACAUAAGUCAGGACUGACACUAAUCGCCAAUGGUUAUGACCAAACUGUGAAAGUUAGAUGUGGAGUAGGUGUGGCCAAAAAUUAUUCAGGUUGUCAAAGAGUUAUCUGAGGACAGUGCCGUUGAUUUGUGCGGAAUCACUAGAUUCCCAGAAGACACUGACUGUCAUUGGAACCAACAAAUAUCCAUUGAUGAAAAGGAAAUGCCACAGUGUUCCACAACGGCCAACGGGAAAGCUUCAGAAAGUCAUGCUGCCUACAAAGUCAGAAAAUGAUACAAGAGAAUACAGGUCACUUUUCCUUGAAAAUGGUCUCCGUGUCCUGUUGAUUUCUGACCUGAAUGGUCAAGCUGCUUCUGAAAUUGAUGAGGAUGAAGAGACAGAAGAUGAAUCUGGAUCGGAAUCUGGAUCUGAGUCGGACGGACAUCCAUCUGAUGAGGAGAUGGAUGAUGAUAUGGAAGAUGAUAGACCAGGGAAUUCCAAACCACCAUCCGAGAAGAAGUCAGCAGUAGCUUUGUGUAUUGGUGUUGGAAGUUUCUCUGACCCAGACGACAUCCCUGGAUUUGCACAUUUCUUGGAGCAUAUGGUUUUUAUGGGGAGUGAGAAAUACCCAAAGGAGAACGAAUUAGACGACUUCCUGGGACGUCACGGUGGAUUCUCCAAUGCUUGGACUGACUGUGAAAAGACUUGUUUCUACUUUGAUGUGGAGAGAAAGUACUUCCGUCGAGCUCUUGACAUGUUUGCACAUUUCUUCAUCAGUCCGCUGUUCCGAGAGGACUGUGUGGAUCGGGAGAUUGAAGCGGUGGACAGCGAGUUUCAAAUGAACCUUCCAAAUGAUGACGAUCGUAUCAACACUUUAUUUGGAACGCUAUCUAAACCAGGACACCCUAUGUCCAAGUUCUUCACAGGGAAUGCAGAAACACUGAGAACCAUUCCAAAACAAAAUGGUAUCAAUGUAUACAGUCGACUGCGGGACUUCUACACUCGGAUGUAUUCUUCACAUUAUAUGACUGUUGCUAUACAGUCUAAAGAUAGUCUAGACAAGCUGGAGGAAUGGUCUAGAGAGAUUUUCUCUGCGGUACCACACAAUGAUCUUCCACAACCAGUGUUUCAUGACUUGAAGGAACCAUUUGACACAACAAAUUUCAGGAAGAUGUACAGAGUGGUCCCUGUGGAGGAUGCACACAAGGUGUAUGUUAACUGGGCAUUGCCCCCCUGUCUGGACAAGUACAGGACCAAGCCCCUUGACUACCUGACCACAGUGCUGGCUGAUGAGGGUGAGGGUAGCAUCCUUGCAUACCUAAAGGAAAAACUUUGGGCACUGUCUAUCGUCGGUGGAUAUAGCUACGAUGGAUUUGAGAUGAAUUCUACAACGACAAGCUUCUGUGUGGUUGUGACUCUCACAGAUGUUGGCCUUAAACAUUACGAGGAGGUGGUGGAGAUGAUCUUCCAGUACAUACACAUGUUGGAGGAGGUAGGCCCACAGAAGUCACUCUACCAGGAACUGAAACAGAUCGAGGAGAGCAAGUUCCGCUGGAAAGAACUGGGAGACCCGCUGAAUUACGUGGAGAAGGUGUCUGAGAACAUGCAGAUGUUUCCCUGGGAAGACGUCCUCACCGGUCGUACCCUCAUGUAUGACUACGAUCCAAAGAUGAUAUCCGAUUGCCUAGCUCAUUUGACACCCGAUAAAUGUAACAUCAUGUUGAUGUCCGACACAUUUGAAAAUACUGACUUAUGUCCACUGGAGGAAAGAUGGUACAAGACAAAAUACGGAGUCUACGAUUUAUCAAGUGACUUCAUUCAGAGACUGAAAGACUGUGGAUGUAAUCCAGCUCUUCACUUGCCAAGACCUAAUGCCUUUAUAGCCACAGAUUUUGACCUUAGAAAACAUGAAGAUAACUCAAAGUACCCAAAGCUUCUGAAAAGUGAUGAAAAUGGAAAAUUUUGGUUCAAACCAGAUACGAAGUUCAAAGUUCCUAAAGGAUAUAACUACAUCCACCUGAUGUCACCUGUUGUCUACAGGUCGUUAGACAGUGCCAUCCUGUUGGAUUUCUUUGUGAACCUGUUGGAGCACCAGUUGACCCUGGUCGCCUACCCUGCAUACCUCGCUGGGUUUGAAUAUGGUGUGGAAGGACAUGAAACUGGAAUACUUCUCUACAUGAGUGGAUUUUCCCAUAAAAUGAAGGCCAUCACCGACCUGUUACUGGACCGUGUGUUUGGGUUUCGCUGUACCAGAAAUGAGUUUAAGAUGAUGAAAGAGGAGGUAACUCGUAUCUACAAUAACGAUAUGAUCAGACCAGACAAACUGGCAAGGAUGUUGAGAUUUGCAGUCACAUCCCCUCUGAACUGGCCUAUUCCUGAUCGCUUGGGCCGUAUCAACGAUAUCACACAUGAUAUGUUUGAGCGUUUUGUUGAAGAGUUCCAACAAAAUGUCUGGGUAGAGAGCUUUCUGACAGGAAAUUUCUCGGAAGAGGAAGCAGCAGGUUACAAGGACAAGAUCAAUGCAGUGUUACCAGGAGCACCACUUCCAGUCACACAACUCGUCCAGAAAAAGUUGUACGAGGUCCCUGUGGGCAACACCUACUGUCAGGUCAAAGGUUAUAACUAUGACGACAACAACUCGUGUGUGGUCGUAUACCUUCAGUCGGAGCCAGGCAGGAUUUACACCAACACCAUCAACGAAGUCUUAGGGACACGUAUGACAGAGCCCUGCUUCGACUUCCUGCGUACUAAACAUCAGCUAGGUUACAGCACAUUCUGUGAGUAUCUGCUGACAAACGGCAUUCUGGGAUUGGCUGUCACUGUCGAGUGUCAGGCCAACAAAUUCAGUAUGAGUGCAGUAGACAAACAUAUUGACGACUUCCUCGUAGAAUUUAGGUCAAUUCUUGACAGCAUGACAGAGGAAGAAUUCAAAUCACUGGUGGAUUCCAUCAUUGCUGGCAAACGCUGCGAGGACACACAUCUCGGGGAAGAGGCAGGCCGCAACUGGAGGGAAAUCUACGAUCAGACCUACAUAUUUGACAUCAUAGAGCGAGAGAUCAAAAUACUACCGACCUUGACAUUAGACAUUUUGAAGGAUUGGUAUUUACAGUAUGAGAAAGGCCGACAUAGGAAAAUCAGCUUUCAGAUUGUUGGAAAGACAGAAGACGAUAAGCCGUCAUCAUCAGAUACUGUUGAUAGACCAAAGGAGAAGGCGGCUGUAAUGGGGAACACAUAUCCCCUGACCUGUUUGGUGGAUGAGGACCAGAGUCAUGCCGCGCCAAUCACCGACAUCAAACUGUACAAACAAACCCUUAAUGUGCUACCAUUCACAAAGAUAAUCUCUUGACCAGACAUAAUAUUUAUUUCAUGGAAUAAAUUGUGAUUUAUCUACC